AUGUUGACGGUCCUAGCUGCAAAUUAUAGUGAUUUUCGCGAGGUGACUAUUGAAAGUGGAAGAGUGAGAGGUUAUAAAGACUAUAAGUAUGAUAUUUACGCCUUCUAUGGGAUUCCAUAUGCGACCACGCCUAUAGGAAUCCAUAAAUUUAAGGCACCACUACCUGCUCCUCAGUGGACGAAUGUAUUUGAAGCAUUCGACAGGCACAUAAUAUGUCCUCAACCUAAAAUAAAUGAAGAACAAAGAGAAACCCAUGAAAUUGUUCAAGAUGAUUGUCUUAUUGCUAACGUAUAUGUACCAAAUACUAAUAAGAAAGAUUUGCCAGUUCUGGUAGAUAUACAUGGAGGCAGUUACCAGUCGGGCUUUGGUAACAUGAUAACAUUGAAACAUUUUGCAGACACGAAGAAAGUCAUCGUGGUUAAUUUCAAUUACAGACUUGGUGUCCACGGUUUCCUUUGUUUGGGCACGAAAGAUAUUCCUGGUAAUGCAGGUUUGAAAGAUAUGGUAGCUCUUCUAAGGUGGGUCAAAAAUAAUAUAGCUGCUUUCGGCGGGAAUCCAGAUGAAGUCACAGUUUCAGAAUAUAGUGUCGCUUCUUCAGCAAUAGACAUGUUGCUAUUAUCACCAACUGUAAAAGGGCUAAUCAAAAGAGCGAUCCCAGAAAGUGGUCCUAAUCUUUCAAUAUAUUCAUUGCAACUAGAUCCAAUUAUAAUUGCAAAAAAUAAUGCUAAACUUUUCAAAAACUUCAAUACAAAUGACAUACUUGAAUUAGAACACUUUUUUAAAACUACUCCUUUGAGCGUUUUAACUAGAAAUGACCUUAUGGCACAACGAGAUGCAACAAUGCAGUUUACCCCAUGUGUUGAACGAAAUUUAGGAGAAGAAGCUUUUCUAUUACAAUCACCUUUUGAUAUUUCAAACGAGGGUAAAUUUCCUAUUAUUCCAAUUUUAUAUGGCUUUACGAACAUGGAAAAGAUAUAUAAAUUGGAUAAUUAUGAAUAUUGGAAAACGAAAUUCAAUGAGCAUUUCACAGAAUUUUUGCCAAUGGACAUAAAGUUUGAUUCCGAUAACCAAAAAGAUACAAUUAUAAGGGCCAUCAAAGAAUUUUACUUUGGUAUUACACCUGGUGGAUACUUUAAUAAUUCAGAGCAAUCGUUUAUAAAUUACUUUACAGAUGUGUACUUUCUAUACGGUACACUAAGAUCGGUGAGGUUACAGGUGGUGGCUGGUAAUCAUCACGUAUAUUUGUAUGAGUAUUCAUUCGUUGAUGAUGAUAAUCCUGAUCAAAGUGACAUAAAUACUCAUGUACAAGGUCAGGGAGCAUAUUUGUACGAAGCGAAAUACUCGUAUGCUGAUGUUCCUGAGAUACCACACAAUAAAACUGAUUCUGAAAAAUCGAAAAGAGUAAAGAAACUUCUUAAGGAAAUUUGGAUUAAUUUUAUCACGAAAGGGUCUCCAGUCCCCCACGGGUCAUCUUUGCCAGUCUGGCCGCCAGUGAACGAGGAAGGUACUCCAUACAUGUCUAUAGGAGACACCCUGGAAUUGAGAGCUGCAGAGCAGAGGCGCUGGCAUCGCAUGAACUUCUGGCAUAAGAUCUAUGAUGGAUACUAUCACCAUCCUACACCUCCGCCUGUGCAUGCUUCUAAAGAUGAAUUGUGA